AUGGAAAAACGACACAUUUACAGAGUUCAGUAUGAAGUUCCUAGUGUUAAGAUAUUAGUGGAUUCAUCAGUUUGUUUUGGGUCUACAACAACUAUUAAGUCAGAAGUUUCAUCAACACCGAAACCUAAGAAAAUUGAGUGGCAGAAGAGCAAAAAUGGAAUUAAUUUUAACUGCACUGAAAAACCUCUUUAUUUUACAAGUACUGACAUUUUUACAAGUCCUUCUUAUGCGAUACCCAACACAACCUUUACCGACAAGUUGUAUUAUCGUCUUCUGGUUUGGAAUGAAACUGGAGAGGGUGUCAGUAACGCUGUGUUCCUAAACGUCACAGGAAGUCCUCCAAAUAUCAUGACAAGUUUUAAAACAAACAUCAAAGACAGAUCAGUAAAAUUGAUUGGCAACCUGUAUGUAUAUGAUGAUUCGCCUGGCAUUUUGGAAACGUUUUGGACAAAAAAUGAAAAGAAGAUAAGUGGCGGGAAACUUUCUGAAAUCAGCAACGAAAAUCCAUCACUUACUAUCAGAAACGUGAGCCCUGACGAUACUGGUGAAUACCGACUUACUGCUACAAACGCUGUUGGAUCAAGUACAAGUGAUGUCAUCGUUUUAGGUAUUUUAGUCGUUUAA